CUCCUCCUCCUGUGUCCCACGUGACCGGCCUCGCCAUGAGCCGUCUGGUGCAGCCACCGGUCAAACUUUAAAGCCUUCAGGCCCUCCUCCUUCCCCCAUCUCUCUCUUCUCUCUCUCUGAGCAAGCCAGCAGUGGGUCGCCGGACGCCAUGGAGAGCAGCGGCGAGGUGCAGAGAUCGCUGCAGGCGGCGGCGCAGGGGCUGCGGUGGACGUACGCCCUCCUCUGGCAGCUCUGCCCCGACCAAGGCGCGCUGGUGUGGGCGGAGGGGCACUACAACGGCGCCAUCAAGACGCGCAAGACGGUGCAGCCGGCCGUCGCCCAGGCGCAGGCACAGGCGCCGGCGCCGGCGGCGGAGGCGGCCGACCAGGCCCGCAGCCGGCAGCUGCGGGAGCUGUUCGACUCGCUGGCCAGGGAGGCUGCCGCGGGCGGCGGGACGGGCUUCAGGGACGUCCACGGCUGCGCCCAGGAGGCUCGGCGGCCCAGCGCGGCGCUGGCGCCGGAAGACCUAACGGAGACGGAGUGGUUCUAUCUCAUGUCAGCCUCCUACUCCUUCCCUCCCGGCGUCGGGUUACCUGGAAGGGCCUUUGCAAGGGGAGGGCACGUAUGGCUUAGUAGAGCAAAUGAAGUUGACAGCAAGGCCUUCUCAAGAGCCAUACUUGCCAAGAGUGCAGGAAUCAAGACGGUGUUAUGCAUUCCGAUUGUCGACGGUGUCCUGGAAAUCGGGACCACAGAAAAGGUGGAGGAAGACAUAGGUUUAGUCCAGUAUGCAAUGGCCAUCUUCAUGGAUCAACAAGAAACCCACAUGAUCCCCAGCAUCUGCCAUUCCAACCAAACCAGUCACAUUGAUCAGCAGUCAUUCCAAACACAGAGGAAGGCACACACUGGUGACUUGAAGCCGGAGCCAAACAAGCUCAACCCAGCAUACGAGGAUGAUGAAAUGGAGUACGACGACGACGACGAGAUCGACGCGGAAUGCGCGUCGGUUUCGGAAACCAACGCCGGAAGGGAUUACUGCCGGCAUGGUCCACCGAACAUUGCAGUCAAUGCAGAUCAUGCAACACAUGAUGCAGCAGGGAGCAGCGAGCUGAUGCAGGUUGAGAUGUCAGAGAGGGCGAGGGAUGGCUGCUCAAGCAACCUCGGCGAUGAGAUCCAAAUGCUGAUGGUCUGCCAGAACGGUGCUAAUGAUGAGCCCUGGCAUUUUCUAUAUGAGGAGUUAUGCGGUGGCUACCCUCAGUCGUCAGCUGCAGGUGAAAACCAAGCAACGGCUGAGAAUGCUCACUACGCACAGACAGUCUCGUUGAUCCUGCAUCGCAACAACGCCCUCGGACAAGCCGACGGCCGAAGCACCGGGUCCUACCUGGCAGUCUCGCACCAAUCUUCGUUCUCGAGAUGGGAUGCAACUGCAAGCAUCCAUGGACGCACGGUCACCGGAGGCAUCAACCGGCAGAAGAUGCUCAAGAGUGUCCUCCUGUUCUUCAGUGCCGCCUGCAACAGGCCACCUGGGGAUCUGAGGUGCGACGAAGGCGGCGCGCGCAGGGAGGUCGACUUCGGCGCCAGCCAUGUCAUGCAGGAGCGGAAGAGAAGAGAGAAGCUCAACGAGAGGUUCAUCAUCCUGCGUUCCCUGGUGCCCUUCGUCACCAAGAUGGACAAGGCGUCGAUACUCGGGGACACGAUCGAGUACGUGAAGCAGCUGACGAAACGCGUCCAGGACCUCGAGUCCUCUGCGGCCAGGCAGCAGGGGUCGUCGGAGAAGCGUGCGGUGCUGACGGGCAUGGAAGGGGCCAGCAGCAGCAGCAGCGGCAGCAGCAGCAGCACCCCGGUGGCCACGGACGUGCAGGUCUCCAUCAUCGAGAGCGACGCGCUGCUGGAGCUCCGGUGCCCGGACCGGCGCGGCCUGCUGGUGACCAUCAUGCAGGCGCUCCAGGAGCAGCUCCGGCUCGAGGUCACCUCCGUCCAGGCGUCGUCGGACCACGGCGUGCUGCUCGCGGAAAUGCGCGCCAAGGUGAGGGAGCUGCAUGGGAGGAGGAGCAGCAUUUCUCAAGUGAAGAGAGCGAUCCAUCUCAUCAUCUCAUCGGGAUGAGUGGAUGCGCAGCAGAUUUGUAGCCUCUCCCUUGAUGCUUAUGCGUCAACAAAAGGCGCCCUUUAUCAAACCAAAAAUGUCUGUUAAUAUAAAAGGCACUUGAACGGCCACUUCCUUGAUUUGUUUUGCUCUCUUGUUAACAAAUGCUCUUUGUUUUGAAUUUCUCAUAAAUAAAGAUCUUGAUCUCA